GCUGGUCUUGGGGGCCCCCACUGUGACGGUGGUGAUUCGGUGCGUAGCGGAUGCGGAAUCGGUGCGGGUAGUAGAGGGAUCGAAGGGAUCACAAGAAGUCUCAACAGUAGAGCCCUCGGAAACGUCCACAUCCACCUCUUCCUUACGUUCGGUAUCGGUCUCAGCGGCAGCGGACGCAUGCAAAGUCGACAGCCUUGCCUCCUCGGAGGGAAGUAUCUCUUCGUCUUCCUCCAAUCCCUCGAGCGUCUCGAUCUCCGUGGGGUCGACCGUAUCACCAAGAGACGAAUGCUCCGCUUCUUCCUCCAUCGGCCCGCCAUCGGAUAAUGAUUCCGCCCCAAUUUCGCUCUUUCUUUCAUCUCUUGACGGGUCCUCCAACCUUUUUUGCUUCAUCCAUCCCGUCGGCACCGCCCGAUCUGUUCUUUUGUUCGUCCGCGCUGCACAGGAACGGAUGGAAGCGAGGAUCAUCUCCUCCUGUGGCAGUAGCAUCCCAUCUUCCUCCAAUGCCUCAAGUUUAUUGAGCUCGUCGGCAAUCCCGUGGUUAUGCGGUGUCUCCUUCGAAGAAUUGCCGGUAGGAUUGACUAUCUGGUAUUCAAUCACCGUGACCUGGGUAACCGUGCCGUCUUCCUCCUCGCAUGAUUCUUCAUCGGAGCGGCGAGUGAUGCUCAGUCGAGGGAUCGACGUCGUCGGGGUAUUGAUGUUCGAUGGAGCUGGCGUACUGCAUGUAGUGCGGUAUUCUGCGAUCGUAUCCCCCACAAUUGUAUCCCCUUCCGCCGAGAUCGAUGCCGGUAUCACCUCCGUGGAUUCGUCCUCUGUAGCUAUUCGUAUUUUCGUUGGUAGAGACGUCUCCAGCUUCGAGUCAAAGAUCGUAGACGUGGGUACUGGGCAUGCCAAAAUUGUCGUACUUGUGAGCUCGACAGUGCUUGUGGGGGUUACGAUGCACACAGAAGUGGCCGUGUCUUCGAGGAACUCCGUGCUUGUCCGAACUGCGGCGUCGGUGAGAGUGAUAACGGUGUUCGACGAGGGCGCGGGUGUCGGUGGUGCUCCGAUGACCUCCGGGAGGAGAAAGGCGGUGACGAUAAGAAGGAUACGGUAGAUGAACAUGAUCGCGGAGCUGAAUGGGAAAGAUGGGAAUAGGUGAGGAGAUAGGGAGAUUUGCGUCGAGGGUAUAAGAUGUAAGUGGCGAUGGCAG